GUGGUGAGAUGGCAGCUAGCGUCCACUUCGCAUAUAUCCCGCGCGCGAAUACUGUACGAAAUCUUGCUGCAUAAGAGUCUCAGGCCCCUCCUUUCUUGUCGACAUCUCAAUCUCAUCUCCAACCCACCUCCAUUGAGACGCAAGACAAGGCAAUAAGUCAGCAUGGCCACGAACGGUGUAAACGGCGCCAACGGCGCCCCUCAUCUACCAGCUCUCGCGCACAACGCCGGGGACUUCCUUCAGCACAAGUAUGACUACGUGAUUGUCGGCGGUGGCACGGCUGGCUUGGUCGUCGCAGCCCGUUUGACAGAGAAUCCGGAUGUGACCGUGGGCGUGCUGGAAGCUGGCAAGAAUCGCCUGGGCGACAUGUUGGUGGACACCCCUGGUGCAUUCUUCCAAAUGUUCAACAACCCCGAAUACGAUUGGGCCUUCAUGACCGAACCACAGAAGCAUAACCAAAACAAGAAGCACCAUGUCGUGCGAGGCAAGAUGCUGGGAGGAAGCUCGGGCAUCAACUACAUGAUGUAUGUCCGUGGAUCGAAUCAGGACUAUGACGACUGGGCUGUGCUAGCGAAAGACAAGGGCUGGAAUGCCGAAAAGAUGAGCCAAUACAUGCGAAAGCACCAGACGUUGGAGCCCAUUCCGGACGAGGUUGUCGAUCGUGCCACCACGCCGUUUGUGGGAGAGUUCCACGGGACCUCUGGCCCCUGCCGCACCUCGUUCAAUCACUCCUUCCUGCCCAUCGAGCACGACUUCAUCAAGGCCUGUGAUGAAGUGACUGGCUGCGACAAAAAGCCAAACGAUCCCUGGAGUGGUGAUCACAUCGGCUUCUACAAUACCUUGGGUCUAGUGUGCAGAACUGGCCCCAACGCAGGCAAACGUAGCUACGCUGCUCGGGGCUACUUCGCGGCCAACGCUGAGCGUCCCAAUUUACAUGUGUUGUGCGAGGCUCUCGUGUCAUCUGUUCAGCUCGACGGCAACAAAGCGACGGGCGUCAACUUCGUCCACGAAGGCAAAACCCAUACCGUCAAGGCUGGCCGCGAGGUCAUCAUCUCCGGCGGCGCGAUCCAAAGUCCCCAGAUCUUGGAGUUGAGCGGGAUUGGAGACCCGGCGGUGUUGAGCGCGGCUGGAGUGGAAUGCAAGGUUGAGAACAAGGCUGUCGGUGCCAACUUCCAGGACCAUUCUUUGACGGCGGUGAGCUGGGCCCUUGCCACUGGGAAUCCCAGCUUCGAGGUUGUCCACCAACCCGAGGUCAUGGCCGCAGCUCAGCAAGAGCUGAUGGAAAAACAAACCGGGCCACUGACGCACAUUGCCAGCACCCAGGGAUUCUUCCCCUACAAGCUGUUCGCCUCCGAAGCCGAGCAGGCCGACAUUAUCAAGUCGGUUGAAGACAGCAUUCCCAAUCUCACUCCGUUUCAGCAGGAGCAGUACAAGCUCACCAUCGACGCGCUGAAGGAUUCGAAGAGCGCCAACUUGCAGAUCGUUUUCGUGCCUCUUGGCGCAGGCUACGAGGAAGGCAUCCAGGAUCAGUCCAAGAUCUUCCCACCCCCACCGCCAGACCGAGAGAAGAUGCAAGUGACUGCUGCACUGUGCCUGCAAUACCCCUUGAGCAGAGGUACUGUUCACAUCAAGUCGAGUGAUCCGACGCAGCAUCCUAUCGUGGACCCGGCGUACUUGAAACAUCCCGCGGACGUGGCGGUGCUCGCAAAGGGCCUCAAAAUGCUGGAUGAAGUGUCCAAGUCGGCUCAUUUGGAUGGCAAAGUGUCUCAUCGUGUGGCGCCGGGCCCCGAGGUGGACCUGUCGAAUGAAGAGCAGAGGAAGAAGUGGGUUCAGGAGUUCUGCAUGUCGGAGUACCACCUGUGCGGAUCCGUGGCGAUGGGCGACGCGGUUGACAGUAGACUGCGGGUGAAGGGAGUGCAGAAUCUCCGGGUGGCCGAUGCCUCUGUCUUCCCCAACCAUGUUUCUGGAAACAUUGUGUCGUCGGUGUAUGCCGUCGCGGAAAAGGCGGCGGAUUUGAUCAAGGAGGACUGGGACUACGGCGCGUUGUCGAAAGGGUCGUCGUAGGAUGGAGAAGAGCUUGAGGUGUUGAUUGAUGGGUUACAUAACAUGUCUGCCUGCUUCAAUGAUUCUCUCGUACUCUGUGGCUGUGCCGUCUCGUGAAAGAUUGUACAAGGCGCACGUCCUGUGAAGUCGUGACUCCGGCAACAACAUCAGCACGUGGGUCGUCUCCUAAAAGUACCUGAAAGGGUACCUUUACCCAUUCAAGCCAUUGUUUGGUUUUGUGCAUUUGGUGCUAGGCCGACCUGGGCAAGCUUUUCUGCACAAAGCUUCGACCGGGACGGACAUCGUCAGGGCAUCCGAAUAAUCAUUCCCGGAGAUAAGGGUCUCGAGCACGACGGGCGAGUUAUGCCGCCCCGAGCUCUGCACGCCACAUGGGAACGUUCGUUUAACUUACUAAGUGGUGAAACCGAGCACUUUCCAUUUCGAUUCUCAUUGUUCCUUUUGCCUCA